AUGUUUGCCGAGAUGGCAGCCAAGAGCCGCCCUCGUCUUGUCACCACCACCUUGAUGGCGCUUCGAUCUGUUGCGCUGAGCUGUUUCGUAGCUCUCGUUAUCGGUGCGUCUGUCGACGCUGCGCCGAGCAGUACGAGACAGACUGAUGCGCCUCACGCUACGGCUCCAGCUCAGGGACUCAAAGUGCCGAUGUACUACGACCGUCGCGCCUUGCACCCUCGGAACCAAAAUAUGAACCAGGACCAGCUGGAUGAGUGGCUGCGUAUGCAAUCCAAAAACAUGCAUUGGCGCUAUACGCAUCCAGAUGACCGGAAUUCGUCCGACGCCCUGGAAAAGCGGCAGCAGCUGGGUAUGGGUGACUAUGGUCCGGAUAGUUUCUACUUUGCUCCUAUCGGCAUCGGAACGCCUGAAAUGACGCUCAACGUAGUGCUCGACACGGGGUCGGCUGACUUUUGGCUGGCAGACUCGCAGUGCUCACCCAUGAAGCACUGCCCGGAAAGUAUGCUCAAGUACGAUGCCUCGAAGAGCCGCACUCACAAGGACUUACACGUGCCAUUUGGCGUGCAGUAUGGCUCUGGCGCCGUGCGGGGCGAACUUGCGACAGAAAAGGUUUCGUUGGCCGGCUACACUGUGUCUUCUGUCUCUUUUGGACAGGCGGACCAGCUCGCCCGCGGCACGAUCAACCCACCAGCCUCGGGUAUUAUGGGCAUGGGCUACGAAUCGCUCUCGACGACCGGCACGAUGCCAUUUUGGCAGAUUUUGCUUGAGCGCCAGAAGCUGCAUGACUAUUUGUUUACAUUCCAGAUGGUCAACAAGAUAAAGAAAGCCAGCAGUGGCCGUGUGGACAUGGUGGAAGCUGGCGGUGUGUUUACCUUGGGUGUGUUGGAUGAUCAGCAAUACUCGGGUGACAUUGCCUGGGCGCCUAUGGCACGGGGAUAUGGAUCAAAGGGCGUGGGAUACUGGGCACUGAACCUGGAGGACCUCAGUGUGAAUGGCGAGCAUAUUGAUCUGGGCACGCAUAGCGUGGCUGCGAUUGACACAGGCACCACUUUGAUCGGCGGUCCUAAGCUUGCUAUGGAUAGGAUCCAUGCCAAGAUUCCUGGCGCUCAGAGGUAUAACCGUGUGCCGGAGUACUAUGUCUUUCCCUGCGAUACGGAUGCCAAGGUCGACUUGACCUUUGGUAACCACACAUGGACGCUCAAGACGGAGGACCUCAUCUCACAGAGACUGUCGCGCAGAGUCUGUUUGAGCUCGCUGUUUGCCAUGUCCACCAGGAGCGGCUCGCGCAUGCCUGCAUGGAUCGUCGGUGAUACGUUCCUCAAAACGGUGUUUAGCGUAUUUGACGCUGGAAAGAACCGAAUUGGCUUUGCGUCGCUGCCUAAGGGUGGUGCGCAGACCAAGUCUAUCACCAGCGCUACGAUGGACAACCGUGUGGCCAGCUCGUACCAACAAACAGCCAGCAGUGAAGGCUCGCCGUUUGGCGGUGGUGGCGGCGGCGGCGGCGACGGUGGUGGCGGUGGUAUUAUUAUCACACGGACUCGCAACGUCGACGAGUCGUGGAAAACGGCCUCGAUCGACGUGCCCCACAAUGUCCAGCCCCUUCACGCUCCCAAAUGGAACGAAGCAGCUAGUCUCGGUGUGAGCCAGCUUGUCGUUCCUAUGCUCUUGAUCGCAAGCGCGGCCCUCUUUCUGUAA